AUGCGCUGCGCCCCCACGGCCGGAGCCGCGCUGGUGCUUUGCGCCGCCACCGCGGGGUUGCUGAGCGCGCAGGGCCGGCCCGCGCCCCCCGAGGCGCCCCGUUUUGCGUCCUGGGACGAGGUGAAUCUGUUGGCGCACGGGCUGCUGCAACUCGGCCGGGGGCUCCGGGAGCACGUGGAGCACACCCAGGGCCAGCUGGAGGAGCUGCAGAGGCGUCUGGAGACGUCACCCUCCUCGCAGUCGCCCCAGAAGGUGCACCCCGCAUCGGCUCAGGUCGCCCCAGAUGCGCUCCAGAGCCUGCAGACUCAGCUCAAGACCCAGAAUGCUAGGAUCGAGCUACUUUACCAGAAGGUGAGCCAGCAGCAGAAACAUCUGGAGAAACAGCAGCUGCGACUCCAGAAGUUGCAGAGUCAGGUGGGCCUCCUGGCUCCUCUGCACCCGAACCAUGAGAUCGACAAGUCCAGUAGAAACAAGAGGCUCCCCAAGGUGGCCCAGUUGGUGGACCCAGGUCACAACAAAAGCCUCUUGCACAGGCUGCCCCGACACUGCCAGGAGCUGUUUGAGAACGGAGAGCGGCAAAGCGGCCUCUUCCAGAUCCAGCCCAAGGGGUCCCUUCCGUUCCUGGUUAACUGCAAGAUGACCUCAGAUGGAGGCUGGACCAUAAUUCAGAGGCGCCGCGAUGGCUCUGUGGACUUUAACCAGUCCUGGGAGGCCUACAAGGCCGGUUUCGGGGACCCCCAAGGGGAGUUCUGGCUGGGCCUGGAGAAGGUUCACCAAAUUGUGGGGGACCAGGACAGCAACUUGGUCGUGCAGCUCGAGGACUGGGAAGGCAACGCUGAGUCUCUGCAGUUCCCGGUGCACCUGGGAGGAGAGGACACGGCCUAUACCUUGCAGCUCACCGAGCCUGUGGCCAGCAAACUUGGGGCUACCACCCUCCUGCCCGGUGGCCUCUCUCUGCCCUUCUCCACUUGGGACCAGGACCAUGACCUCCUCAGGCACAAGAAUUGUGCUAAGAACCUUUCUGGUGGCUGGUGGUUUGGCACCUGUGCUCAUUCCAACCUCAACGGCCAGUACUUCCACUCCAUACCCAGGCAGCGGCACCAGAGAAAGAAAGGGAUCUUCUGGAAGGCCUGGCGGGGCCGCUACUACCCGCUGCAGGCAACCACCAUGCUGAUCCGGCCUGGGGUGGCCGCCACUGCUUCCUAA